UUCGUGUUGGAAGAGAGGAUUUUGGAAUCUGUCCUUUGCUGGUUGUGAUUUCCUAACGACAGGUAGAAGCGUUUAAACUUUUCCGCUGCACGCUUGGCAAGUCUAUCUAAGAGUGCCGUGUACCGGUCGCUCGAAGACAGAAAUCAUCUCAGCUGAGAGCGGAAAUUCUACCACUCUGAACUCAACGCUUCGCCAUGGCCUUGCAGGGUCAUUCAAGCUAUAAAGGAUCUGAAACUAAAGGGCACAACGCGGAUGAUUCCGGAGAUGAAAAUAAAGAUCUUCUGAACAGACUCAGUUGCAUUAUGGUAAAGACACAGCAAAUAUUUGGGCAGAUGAAGGGCCUUUCUAGUCAACUCAACGAUCCCGUGAAGAAAAUUGAUUGUGUGAGCAAGACCCUUCAGCGACAGUUUUUGAUGAUGCAAGAGGCCAUGGUUUGUGCGUAUGAUCUCCCGGAAUAUGACCAAGAGAAUUCAGCUGCUAAGCUGGUACCCAUAGCGAGAAUUCGAGAGCUUGUGCUCAACAUCAAGAAACUGUCCGUAGAACUUGGAAAGCCCAUUGCUGUUCUGCAGAAACUAGUCAGCGAAAUGCAGACUUUUUCCGAGAAGAGCCUCAUCAAAAAGUAUCGGCGAUCUCACUUGGAGUGCGUUCGAGACUUCGCAGAACAGUUGUUUUCUAUAACUGACAAGUUUGUCAAACCAGUUAAUAGGCUGGAUUCCUUGAUCGCUAAAUUCCAAGGACUGACCGACAAUAUGCAGAUAUACAUAAUUGCCAAGGUCCAAGAUGAGAAGAUGGGCAUCUGGCAUGCCGUGGUCAGAAGUUUGCUGAAAACGAGCGACAUACUACUGCGGUUAAAGCAGCUGGUGGAAACCCUCUCCUACAAGGUGAAUUGGUUUGCCUGCAAGUGCCAAGCCUUUAUCCUUCUACUUAAGGUUGGUACGGGUUAA